AUGCCUGGAACCAGAGCAGAGGACUGCAGGGAGGGAGAAUACUUACAUGAAGGUCACUGCUGUGUAUCUUGUCCAGCAGGUACUUACGUUGCUCAGCACUGCAGUGCUCCGCAUUUGAGAGGAAGAUGUGCCCCUUGCACCGAAGGAGAGGGUUAUACCGCUCAUGAGAACGGCUUAGAAGAAUGCUUGUUGUGCAGGCAGUGCAAAGAUGAUCAGAUAACUUUGAGACCCUGUACUCUGACGCAUGAUACUGAAUGCCAGUGCAAACAAGGGUAUUUCUGCCCUGCCAAGGGCUGUGAAAUAUGUCAGAGAUGCAGUACAGUGUGUCCAGAAGGGAAAGAAAUUGUGCAGAAUUGCAAUGCUACUAUGGACCUAGGAUGUGGCUUACCCAGUCAAGGAAGCACAGCUCUUGUUUGGAUUAUUGUGAUUAUUUUGGUUCUUGGUGGCAUUUCGCUGUUCUUCGUAAUUAGAAAGCUGAAUAGGGAUAAAGCUGCUUCAACUGAUACUGAUGCAGAGAAGGGUCUGAAAGUGGAUUCAAUGAGGAUGAUGUUUGACUACCUGUGUCGAGUGGUUCUCACAGCCGUGCUUAUGCAUAUUGGUCACAUGGUGGUGUCACAUGAGUCUGAGGGCAGUACUGAAAGCCUCAUUUUACCAGAAGCGGAGACACCUGCAAAUAACGCAGCCAACCCAGAGGGUGAGAACCCUGGUGAGAGCCCAGAGGGCCAAGCACAAACCAACAUUAACUUGGAAGUAAAAAACACAUCACCAGAGCAAAACAAUGUUGUGCUUUCCGAGCGGGGCAUCAUCCUGCAUGGAGGCUGGAGGUGCCAAAUGAAAAGGUGCUGGAGGAGGAUUGCUGAAUCUUCGCUACCAGCAAAAACUGGGCAGAAUCCUGCUUUACAUCAAAAUGCCCCAUCUAACGUACCAAGUGGUAGGAUGGCAGCAAAUUGUAUGGUACGAGAAUCAAAGUGUCGAAUAAUUGUUAAAGAUCUCUCUCAAAAAGAACUGAGAUACACCUUUUUGACCUUUAUAAAGGAAGUACCACCAAAAAAAUGGAAGCAGCUUAUGAGAACUCAUCUGCAGGAAAAUGAUAUUGUUAAAAUUAUUCAUGACUUUCCUAAUGAUAUAGAAGAGCAAUCUUAUCAGAUGCUUCUCACGUGGAAAAACACACUGGGAGAGAAACAAUCUAUUAUUAAGUUACUGGAUGAGUUAAGGUAUCUAGAUACCAAAAAUUAUAAUAAUGUAUUGAACACUUUAAAAAGUAAUAACAUUAUAAAUAAAUGGGAAGCUGCAGAUUAA